AUGAUGUUCAAUGUCUUCCGUGUCGCUGCGGAUUUCACGCAUGCGAUAUCGAUCCUGAUCUUGAUCUUCACAAUCCACCGCCGUCGCAGCGCGGAGGGCAUAUCGCUGUUGACACAGCUCUUUUAUACGCUGGUGUUCCUGACGCGGUAUCUCGAUCUCCUGUUCUGGUGGGAUAUUGGGUAUAAUACCAUCUUCAAGCUCUACUACAUCGGCAGCUCGUUAUAUAUCCUCUUUUUGAUGGUCAAGGUCUACGCCCGAACGCGCGAAGAGGAGAAGGAGUGGAAGGUUGCGGCAAUCAUAUUAGGCGCGAGCGCCAUCGCAGCCCCAAUAAUGAAGGGGAUAUUUGGCGGGGCGGGCGACUGGUUCCUUGAGACACUCCGUACAUUCUCUCUUAUUCUCGAAGCAUUUGCAGUGAUCCCGCAGAUUACGCUCCUCCGCCAUACCCAGAUCCCCACCGCGAUCACAUCCUACUAUCUCCUCGCGCUGGGAUUGUACCGCGCCCUCUACAUCCCCAAUUGGAUUAUCCGCCUUACGGACAGCAAUGACGGCUUCUUCGAUCCCAAUGCCUUCAUCUUCGGCGUCAUACAGACCGCCCUGUACAUUGACUUUGCGUGGAUUUACUACCGGCGCCAGCGCGUCAAGAUCCGGGAGAAUGGUGCGAUCCUCGACGGCGAGGACUUUAUCAGCGGUGGACUGAUUCUCGGAUGGUUGAUGGGCAAGAAGGGAGGGCCAGUGGCUGGAAGGACUACUGGUGGAGGAUGGAGAGGUGGUGGGUUGAGCGUUAGUGCCGAUGACGAGGUUAUGGUGAGGGACAGUGAUAGUGGAGAUGAGCUCGAAGAUGAGCUGCAGGAUGAGAGUGAGGAAGAUUUGGAAGUCGAGGGGUUGGGGUCGCAGAGGAAUUGA